AUUUUUUUUGUUCACGUCAGUAAAAUGCGCCACCAUCGAGACGGAGCAAAUGCGUCAUCAAGAAGCGUCGAUGUAGAUAGUAAAUGAUAACAGCAUGGCAUCAGUUUAGGCUCGUUAGGGUGUUUUAUUAGUUAUUUUAUCGUUUUUCUUUCGGUAUUAUUGAUAUUUAGAUGUUUUAUUGCUGUAAAAGCAAGCUUUAGUCAUGUGUCAGGUUGAAGAAGAAUACGAAAGACACCUAGAAAAAAAGUCUCAGCCUGCAGUUUCAAAGAAAUGCAUGAAGUGCAAAGAUUUCACCGCAGUGCUCAUCAUCCGAGUGGGAGAUGCUUUCUGCAGGGGCUGCUUCAAGGAGUACUUCAUACAUAAAUUCCGAGCCAUGCUUGGGAAGAAUCGUGUCAUCUUUCCUGGAGAGAAGGUGCUGCUGGCUGUUUCUGGAGGACCAGCAUCCAGCUGCAUGCUAGCGCAAGUUCAAGAGGGCUUAAGUAGGGACGCACCCAAGAAGUUAAGAUUCAUGCCAGGCAUUAUCUACAUAGAUGAAAGUGGUGUGUGUGGUCAGAAUGCUGAGGAGAGGGAGAAGGCUGUAGUUCAGUUGGAGAGCAUUUUCAGAAAGACUGGAUUUCCGUACUACAUCGUCCCACUGGAGCAGGUCUUUACUCUGCCAGAUUCAGUACUUGAGCCUGUGUGUGGUCGUGAGCAGCCCUGUUCCAGCACCAGCUACAAAGCAGCAGUGGAUCAGCACAUUCGGCGUGAGGUAACCCGCUGUCAUGGGGAGGCUGCAGUGGAGGAAUCCAAGGAUGCGUUAGGCCGACUUUGCCUGCAGACCUUCGCAUACAAACCUGAACACAAACUGGCUUUAGAGGGACUUUUCUCAUCUUUAAAAACCUUAACAGCCAAACUGGACAUGCUGCACACACUGAGGCAGCACCUGAUACUGUACAUUGCCCGGAUAAACGGCUAUUCUAAGGUGAUGAUGGGAGACAGCUGUACACGUCUGGCCAUUAAGCUGCUCACGAACAUCUCCCUGGGACGAGGGGCAGCUCUGUCUGCUGAUACGGCUUUCUCAGACUCUCGGUACGGUGAUGUGGUGAACCUGCGCCCCAUGAGGGAUUACUCCUCCAAAGAAAUCAGCUUCUAUAACAGGCUGUUUGCAGUGCAGUCUGUUUUCAUCCCAGGAUUGGACACUAAGACUGCUGAUAAAGCGAGUAUCCAGCGACUGACUGAGAGUUUUGUGGUUAAACUCCAGGCUGACUUUCCCUCCACCGUCAGCACUGUGUACAGAACAAGUGAGAAGCUGCACACAGCGUGUCCUCCUCAGAGCUCCAGCACAGAAGCUGCUGCUAAGUGCCUCCUCUGCCUCUGUUCGCUCGACACCAAAGCAGAAGAGGCCACUGCGUUUCAUGCCACACUGAUGUCAGAGCAGCUGUCCCGCCGUACGCUGGAGGAAAAAGGCCAGAGUGAUGUGGGCUGUUGUCAGGGACAGAAUCAAGCUUGUGGGGAUGGUGGUUGCUGCUCUACAUCCAGGGUUCCUGUAGCUACAGACCUGAAGAGUCUCCUGUGUUAUAGCUGCAGACUGACUGUUAAAGACAUGACAGCGCUGGACUCCUUGCCUCCGUAUAUAACAUCUGAGGCAGAGAAACGCCAGAGAAGGGCUACGAUGAAGACGGAAAUCAGCGAGUUCCUAUUAGAAGACGACGGAGCAGAUGACGAGUAGCAGAUCAGGCGGAGCUUCAGUGCCCCACACCAUCAGGAACCAUUUGACAUUUUAACCACAUGGAUAGAUAUCUUUACAGCAGAGCUUUUUAUUUAACUACACAACCACUUCCAUUUUAGCAAAUUUAUUUUGUUGACAAAUAAAAUGCACUUCCAGUUUUUUCUGACUGCAUCUAAUAAAAGUACAUGAUGUUUUAUUGA